GGAGGGACGGUGGGGUCCAGCCUGGAAGGAGGGGUGCCACAGUGCCACCCGGGAGGACAGGGACAGAGAGAGCCUGGGGAGGCGCCGGCAGGAGCCAGCAAGCAGGCCGGACAGCGUGAUGUCUCUAGGGGGUCGAGGUGCCUGAGUUUCAGCCUCCAGAGGGCUGGCGCGGGCCAGGGCUGCCAUCUCGUGCAGGCUGGGGACACUGGGUGACGGAAGCAGCGGGAGUGGUUAUGGUGCCUUCCUGCACUGAGGAGGGGUGGCCCAGGCAGACAGCACCGAGGACACACAGGCCCGGGCUGGGGCAGACCAGGCUCCACGCCCCUGCUCCCUCACGGACACAGCAGCUCUGGGCACUGUGGGGACACUCCAGCCCCCAAAGAGUCGACAACAGUCAAAGGGAGGGGGGAAGGCAGCGAGCCCUGCUCCCCCGCCAUGAGUGGCUGAUAGGGGUCCGUGUGCCUGUCAGCAUCUUCUCUCUCCCCCACCCGCUCCUGGCUCUUGAAGCAAAUGCCUCCCUUAUCAGCAGUGGCAGCCUCCGGUGGCCACCGUGUCUGGGGUCUGGCCCUCUAUCUCGGUCCAUCCCGUCUAGCCCGGUGCCACCCCCCCACACAUGCUCCCUUUUCAUGCUCUUUCUCUCCAGUCUCUUCCAGUGCCGAUCCUGGUUGCCAUGGUAACACUGCAGCGGGUACCAGGUGGUGGCUGGGGGCAGGGAGCUGGCACUGCAGCAGCCUCUGCCAUUUCCGAUGCCAGGCACCGCCAGGCGCAGUGGCUGAGACUCGUUCCGGGGGCACUCGGACUCCCCAGGCCUCGAGGCUACUCUUUGGCUGAUGCAAGUUGGGGAGAAGGAAGAAAGGACAUGGGAGUGAGAACACAACAUGGGGGAGGGGGGACGAGUGGCAUCAUGGCCGAGGGGGAGGAGAGGUGGGAAGUCAAGGUGAACUGAAGGUUCAGGGACAGGGGUGGGGGCGGCAGGUUCCGGUUGAAGGCUGAGGGAUGUGAGAAGGGGACCCCGUCUAUGGGGCCAGGGGAGACUGGACCCACGGAGGCGAGGGGACAGCUAAGAUAAGCCAAACUCAAGCAUCUGUUUCCUUCCGGGAGAGAAGGGGGCAUGAGCAGGCAGAAACCUCCUUCAGACCUUGGCCACCUGAGGACAAAAAUGGGGGGCAGGGAGGACCCGGGAGCAAGGGGACAGAGCCCAGAGUCCCUGUCACCAUCUCCUCUUCCCACCCCAAGCAGGAUGUAGUUUCCAUGACAACCUGGCCGGCCAGAAAGGGGGGCAGGGGACUGCAGAGGAAAUUUUCCACAUCAGCGGGAAGGGAGGAGGGUGUGUCGCAGAGAAAGGAACAGCCCUAGGGAAAGCAGGGGUUAGGGGGAAUGCAGGGUCCCUGGAACCCCAAAUCACCACGCUUGCUGCCCCCAGCCCUGGCAAACGUGGAGAGAAUGCAGAAAAGGAUCUUCACCCGCCUCCAUCCCCGCAAACCCACCCCCACAUCUCUGGGCCUCUGGGGAAAGGGGGAGGUUGAGCUCAAGGGUCAAAUGUCCAAAGAGCAGUGACUGCCCAGGCCUCGUGCAGGGGACAGCGAGCAGCCAAGGGAGCUCCGGCCGCAGCCACCAACCAGACUCAGGGGCAUGGCCCUCGACAGGGUCCCACGGAGGGUGGGGGUGGUAGGCUACGGCCGCCUUGGACAGUCCCUCGUCUCCCACCUGCUAGCUCAGGGACCCGAACUGGGCCUAGAACUUGUUUUUGUCUGGAAUCGGGAUCCAGGACGAAUGGCAGGGAGCGUGCCCCCCUCCCUACAGCUCCACAACCUUGCUGCCCUUGGAGAAAGGCACCCCGAUCUUGUGGUAGAAGUGGCCCAUCCCAAAAUAAUCCAUGAAUUUGGGGCACAAAUCCUGCACCAUGCCAAUCUCCUGGUGGGGUCCCCCUCAGCCCUAGCUGACCAGACCACAGAGCAGCAGCUCCUGGAGGCCUCGCACCACUGGGACCACGCCGUGUUUGUGGCCCGAGGGGCCUUGUGGGGCACUGAGGACAUCACCAGGUUGGAUGCAGCCGGGGGCCUCCAGAGCCUUCGUGUCACCAUGGCCACACACCCCGAUGGCUUCCGGCUGGAGGGACCCCUGGCUGCAGCCCACAGCACUGGGCCUCGCACUGUGCUCUAUGAAGGCCCUGUCCGUGGGCUCUGCCCCUUUGCCCCCCGAAACUCCAACACCAUGGCAGCCGCUGCCCUGGCUGCCCGCAGCCUAGGCUUUGACCGAGUGAUUGGGGUGCUUGUGGCCGAUCGCAGCCUCACAGACAUGCACGUGGUGGAUGUGGAGCUGGGAGGACCCCCAGGCCCCACUGGCCGAAGCUUUGCUGUGCACACCCACAGAGAGAACCCUGCCGAGCCAGGCGCCGUCACGGGGUCCGCCACUGUCACAGCCUUCUGGCGCAGCCUCCUGAGCUGCUGCCAGCUCCCCUCCAGGCCUGGGAUCCACCUCUGCUGAGAAGCCUCCCGCCUGAGACGACGUCCUCAUCCGAUUUACCUUCCCACCACCACCGUCCCACUCCUGUCCUGGCCUCACUUUCCCGGGAUCUCCCUCCUGUCUCAGUAAAGAUCACAGAUUCUUCGCCCUGCA